UGCUUGGUUAGUAUCGGCAAAGUUAAACCGAAUUGAAAAGGUUUUAAAGAUCGCCAUCUUCGCAAAGCUCCGGAAGUAGAACGACGAACGAACUAGUCAUGGAUCUUUCUCCUGUUAAGGAAGCUUUGACCGCCAAAUCCUUUGAUAAAAUCGCCGAUAUAUGCGACAAUCUCAUGCUUCAGGUUGCUUCCGAGGGAAUCUCUUUCCAUGAUGAUUGGCCGUACGCAAUUCAUCUUCUGGGUUACUUCUACGUUGACGAUUGUGAUAGCGCCCGUUUCCUCUGGAAAACAAUACCUACAGCUAUCAAGGAGAGCAAUCCUGAAGUUGUUGCUGCUUGGAGGAUUGGUCAGAAGCUGUGGACACGUGACUAUGCAGGUGUAUAUGGAGCUAUUCGGGGUUAUGAUUGGAGCCAAGAAGCUAAAGAUUUGGUUGCUGCAUUCUCAGAUGUUUACACGAAAAGGAUGUUUCAGCUUUUGUUGUCUGCUUACUCCACAAUUACCAUCGGCGAUUUGGCCCUUUUCCUAGGGAUGACGGAGGAUGAUGCCACAACUUAUGUUGUAGAGAAUGGAUGGAUAGUGGAUGCAGCUUCUCAAAUGGUGACUGUGAAGAAGCAAGCUGUUAAAAGAGAGCAAAAGGUGGAUUCAACGAAGCUGCAACGGUUAACGGAGUAUGUGUUCCAACUUGAGCACUAAAACUAAAGACCAAUCUCCCAUUUAAGGGGAUCGAAAAAAAGAUCUGUCUAGUUUCAGUUUUUGGAGAUUUUUUUUUUUGGCUCGUGGCCCUUAGUUUGAUUACAACAAAAUCUAUCUUUGACCAUCCUAAGUACUAAUGCACUAUAUGAGAUAUUAGGAGUUAUUUUUCCGCAUACUUAGCAAUCGAUAUCGCUUGCAACAAAUCCACAAUCGAAAAUCAGAUAACUAGAUUUCUUCUAUAUAACAGAGGGUGAGAUGGAUUGUAACAUACGA